UUGUCCAAAUCGCUCUCGUUUGCGACGUUAAACACAGAAGACGACUCCCCCCUGAGUCCCAUCUUGCCCCAUCGAAUCCCAAUUUGCCCCAUCGAAUCCCACGAAGUCCCAUGGGACCUUGAUGACUUUGCCCCAUCGUGCCCCAUGGAGUCCCAUCAAGCCCCAUGGAGUCCCAUCAAAUCCCACCGUGCCCCAUUGGUGUAUGUCGGGCUUCACACAACACGUCAUAUGAUCGAAAAUCCCACGAUGCCCCAUGGAAAGAAUGAACAUGUUCAUUCUCGAUGGGACUCCAUGGGACUCCGUGGGACUUUGCCCCAUCUUGCCCCAUCGAGUCCCAUCGAGUCCCACGUGGGACUUCAUGGGACCUCAUGGGACCUCGUGGGACUCGAUGGGGCAAGAUGGGGCAAAAUCCGACGGAGUCCCAUGGAGUCCCACGGACUUCAUGGGGCAAAAUCCCAAAAGAAGUCAAAUGUGCAUGACGAUGUGAAAAAGGAGAGUGCACAAAUUAUCGAAUUUGGACAAAACAUUUUACCCUCAACUCCAAAUGCCACUGCAGAGGAGCUUUUUUACAGUUAUGGGUCUGGUGUCAACGUAAUCUGUGAUGAGACGAAAGAGAUGGGUGUUUACCCUGGAGGAUGGCUGACUUGCCAAACAGGGCAAUAUAAAUUCAAGAAACCAUGUUUGGUGUACUCAGUAGGGAUAAAUAACGAUUGGAAAUUCGACGAUGCUGUAUCGAACCAAGGUUGCUUUGUUCACGCAUAUGACCCAAGUAUGAAGAAAGAAUCACAUAUGAGGUCACCGUCUAUAUCGUUCCACAACAAAGGGCUGAGCGGUAAAAAUGAAAAGAAUUGGCUUGGCUGGGAGAUGAAAACGAUGUCAACGUUAUUGAAAGAAAAUGGCGAUGACAAGAAAAUAAUUGACAUUCUCAAGAUUGACUGUGAAUACUGCGAAUGGGAGGCCCUUAGCACAAUGCUAGAUGAUGGUGUACUGAACAAUGUUAAGCAAUUGGUUUUCGAAUGGCACAUUACAAGUGGAAUAUUACGGAGCAAGGAUGAAAUCAAAUACAUCCACAAAGGAAGGACGUUGUCGGACACAACAGAAUUUGCAUACAUGUAUAAUAUAUUAAGACGAUUAUAUGAUGCAGGAUUUAGAAUGUUCUAUUCUCAUCAAAACCCCACUGGGAAUUAUAAAUCCAUUUUUACUGGCAAAUCUCGAAGUUGUUGCUUUGAGGUAUACUACAUAAAUAUCAAUUUCAAGAAUUGACCUUGCAAAAUAGAUUAUAAUAAUAUGAUACAGGGUUCUCGGACAUGACAUAUCGCAUUUCAAUUUCAACCAGUCAGAACACCGGCGGUAACUAAGUGGAUUUAAAAUCAGAAAAGAAAUUCCGCGCUUGCGUGGAAAAAAUGUUUAAGCCCCUAAAUUCAAAAUUUGUCCCAAAUUUUUGAAGCCCAUUUUUGAUAAUUUGGCCUAAAAAGGCCCAAAAAGGCCAAGUAAUGCCCAAAAAGGCCCACUUAUGGAGGCUCUGCAAGAUUUUUGGCCCCAACCUUU